CUGAACACACUGAUAGGUGUCUCUAAUUGCGCCUGUGCAAAAUAAACUCCGCUGACGUGUAGGGGCUGCCCGGGUUGACCUGUCGUUCAAUUCUUGAUGCCGAAUUAUCUGGAUUUAAGGACUUGACUCGUGAAGAUGAGUGUGGAAGUGGAAAGAAAAUUUUUCUGUAGUGCUGACAUUCUGAAAACACUGGAGGAGAUCGGGGCAGUGUGUGUUGGUCAGCUGCAGUUUCGUGACCAGUACUUUGACACCCCCAAGUUUGACCUGACUUUGAGAGACGUGUGGCUGCGUAAACGUAAAGGAUGCUGGGAGCUCAAGUGCCCAGCGACAGUCAACGUGACAGAAGGGACUGGUGGAGAACGAUCUAAAGCUCAGGCAGCGCUGUGUACUCGCUACAAGGAGAUAACCAAUCUGCCUGAAAUCCAGCUGAGAGUGAAAGAGGUCAUAAAAGACAUUUGUGCUGACAGAGAGACAAACUCUUCACAGGAGGAUGAAUCUUGGCUGAGCAAAAUGAAUCUGGUAUGCUUUGCAGAGUUCACAACAGUGCGGCGGUCCUUCACUUUAGAGGAGGAAGGGGUGCAGAUAGAUCUCGACCAAGCUGACUUUGGCUACCAUGUGGGAGAGAUAGAGGUCCUCGUUCCGGAGGGAGGAGAUGUGCAGUCUGCCUUGGAGAAGAUUGAAAGAACGGCUCGAAAGCUGGGUCUGACUGGAGAUCAGCGAGUAGAAGGAAAAAUGACUGUUUACCUUAAAAUGAAUCACCCAGAGCACUAUGCAAAACUACUGAGUGAACAUGUUUUGUAAGACAUACGUGAUCUGUUACUGUCGCAGCGAAAUAGUAUGUAUUCUAUCUGUAAAAUAGGUUAUUAUUUAUUACAAAGCCUCAUUUUAUGAAAAUGUUAAAACUUGAACUUACUUAUGCUCACUGUAGUCACUUGUUGACCGAGUCCUAGAUGUCUCAAGACACUUCCUGAAUUUAAAACCUGUAAAUUUACACGCAGGAUGCUAAAUGGCUUUUGUCCACCUGUCCUGUGCACCAUAUGCAAUAGUUGUUUUUUUAUGGCUGUAAUAUGCAGAGGGUGAGAGGAACUGGGAACAAUGGAAAUAAAAGGGGGUGCCAUAACUGUCGUUUAACCGU